AUGAUUCAGCGACUAGGAGUCGAAUCCCUAUUCCGAGAACAGAUUAAAGCCAUUCUUAAGUGGCAAUACACACAUUUUAGCUCUUUGAAUCAUGGCAAAGAUGAUGUCUAUGAGAUCGCUCUCUGGUUUCGACUUUUAAGGCAAGAAGGUUAUCGUGUGCCUGCAGAUGUGUUUGAAUACUUCAAUGAUAAGGGAAAAGGUUUUGUUAUGAAACUGGAGGGAAACAUCAAGGGUAUGAUGGAAUUAUACGAAGUGUCACAAAUGAGCACGGAAGAAGAGGAUAUACUCAACGAAGCCGAAUGCUUUAGCAGCAAGUGGUGGAAAGAAUUGGGAUUGGGAGAGAAGAUGAAGUGUGCUAGAGACCAGCCACUAAAAUGGUACAUGUGGUCCAUGGCAAUUCUCACAGAUCCAAGCUUGUCUGAGCUUAGGGUUGAGCUCAUUAAGCCCAUCUCUCUCGUGUACAUUAUUGACGACAUAUUUGAUGUCCAUGGCACAUGGGCGAAUUUGUGCAAUGCAUUCCUGGUGGAGUUUCAGUGGAACGCUUCUGGGAAAUUGCCAAAGGCAGAUGAUUACUUGAAGAAUGCGAUUAUCACUUCGGGUGUGCCCUUGGUGCUAACUCACCUGUUCUUUCUAAUGGGCCAAAACAUUGCCAACCAAAGUAUGGAUUCAAAGAAAGAAGAGGUGCAGCUGCCAAACAUAAUAUUCUUAAUGGCUGAAAUUCUUCGCCUUUGGGAUGACCUCGGAUGUGCCCAGGACGAGAAUCAAAAUGGCUACGACGGGUCAUACGUGGAUUGCUAUUUGAGGGAAAAUCAAGGCUCUUCGUACCAAAGCGCAAGGGAGCAUGUGAUGAAGUUGAUAUCGAAAUUGUGGAAGCUGCUCAACAAAGAAUGCCUCUCUCCAUGUCCGUUCUCUGUGCCUUUCCUUGAAGCUUGCGUGAAUGCUGCUAAAAUGGUUUCAUUGAUGUACAACUAUGAAGACAAGCAUGGUCUUGGACUCCUACAAGACCAUAUGAAGUCGUUGACCUGUGAUCACGAGACACUUUAG